AAAAUAAGUAUCCUUUUUCAUUUCCUCUUUUCUAUACUAAUAACAUUUUAUUUAUUUAUUUAUUAUAAUGUCUUUGCAUUUUUCUUGACGAAGAAUUCCCAAACCAUGGCAACCCUCGCCAAACAGUCCCUUAGAUCAAAGCAGGAGUAAACUUCCUCCCUCUGCCGCUGCAAACUCUUCAACCUCUCCAGAAUCCCCCAAAUUGAAUCACAUACACGUCUCUCUAUACCUGUAUAUCUACAUCCAUGAAUCUACAAAUGAGGAAAAAGUCGAAACCAAGAAACGAUAAGAGAUCCAAGUCUGAAACCAGUAGUGAUUCAGAGGAUCGGAUCAGCAAAUUCCCAGAUGAAAUUCUGAUCACAAUCAUAUCCCACUUGCCGAUUCAAGAAGCCACUCGAACAUCAACACUUUCUCGCAGAUGGAGAAACCUCUGGACCUUCACAACGAAUUUGGAUUUGGGUUCUGUAGAUCAAGUUCGUGUUCUUGAAACCCGAUUGGGACCCUACAAAUUCCAGAAUUGCUUGAACAAAAUCUUCGAAUCCCUCAAAUCUCCAUCGCUCAACAGACUCAGGAUUUGCUUAAACGCCUUUAAUGUUCAAUCUGGAAGCGAUUUCGCUCGCUGGGUCGACUUCGCGAUCAGGAAAUGCGUUCAUGAGUUCGAUUUGGAGAUAGUGAGUUCAAAACGAGGUCAAUAUCCAUACCCAUUUCUCUGUAUUUCCAAUUUCGAUUCACUCAAGUCCUUGUCUCUGCAAUACGAAAACAUCAAUGCUAAACACAUUGAGAGCUUCUUAUCUUCGUGUCCAUCGCUCGAGCGCUUGUGUUUGGCCAAGUCUGCAAUUCUAUCAGGUUUGAAAAUUUCUGGGUCGUCCUUGAAACUGAAAUACUUAGAGAUUUGUUGCUGUUUCAAUCUGAAUUGGGUUAAGAUUUCUGCACCCAAUCUCGUCUCGUUCAAGUACUGGGGACCAGAAAUUGCCCUCUCUCUGGACAAUGUGCCACUUCUUUCAGAGGUAUCUUUCUUAGAGGCUUAUUGCAUUUCUUUAGUGAAACAUAGAUUCAAACACUUCACGUGCAUUCUGUCCCAGCUUCGAUCACUCUCAUUGACAUUGAAUUACCCUUGGCUCACUGAAUUCCCAAAACUCGAUGGACUAAGAAACCUCCACACAUUGGAAUUGAACUUGGGAGUUUGGGAUUUCGACAUCCCAUUUCAGCUCUGUACUUCCAUAACAACCGCAUUGCCUUACUUGCACAAAUUCUCGCUGCGUUUGUAUUGGUUUAUGAACUAUGAAUCAAUGGGCACAUGGGUACCAAUCAUUGAAAAUGAUCGCCACCAUUGCCUGAAAGUUGUGGAUUUGGUGGGGUUUGUUGGGUGUUCGCUUGAUGUUGGGAUUGUGAGGUACUUGGUUGAGAAUGCUGUGUCGCUUGAUAAGAUAACGAUUCGACCUUGCAGGGAAAGUUGGAGGAACAGCCAUGGAGAUUUGAUGGAAGUGAAGGAGAAAGAAGAGGCUCGAGGCCGAGCUCAUGAGCUUCGAGCAAUACUAUCUCCCCAUACUCAACUUCUUGUACUUUAGUUUUUGUACAAAAGAGCUAUGAACAUACAUUUGAUAGUGUGUUCUUGUUAGAUGAAACUAGUUUGGCAAAUUUUAAUUUUCAUGACUUGCUUGUACCAAAAAACUUAUAUCAUUCCCCCUACAUGUAUGAACCUUUGGAUUUUGAUACUUUUAGUUUUUGGAAA